GAGAAGAAACGGGGAAGACGGCCUAAACAGCCCUUUUCUCUUCAACAUUCAGCCUUUUUUUGUGCUGCUGCAUCUUCUAAUCCUGCAGUUUCACUCUCUCGACUACAAUGCUCCGCCUGAUUGCAGGGCGCGCGGGAGGCCUGGUGGCCAGGCGCGCGACAGUGGCGCUGACGACCGGCAGCAGCGCGAGGAUGGCGAGCCACGGUCACGAUGGCGCUGCUGUACCACCAGAGGUGGCAGAGACAAUGGACAUGUCUCGGCCGAUGUACUGGGACCGCCUGGACAUCCCUCUGCCCGAAAAACUCUACAAAGAUGAACUGACUGAUGCUGACAAGAGCCUGAAACAGAAGGAGAAGGGGCCCUGGAGCCAGCUGACCAACGAGGAGAAGAUUGCCUUGUACCGGCUCAUGUUCCGUCAGACCUACCCAGAAAUGAAGCAGCCGCGGUCCGAGUGGAAGACCGUCCUUGGGGGCAUCUUCAUCUUCGUGGGCUUCACUGGCCUGGUGGUCUGGUGGCAGAGGGUCUACGUCUACCCUCCACGUCCCAGGACCUUUGACGACGAGUGGAGGGCCAAACAGCUCCAGAGGAUGCUGGACAUGAGGGUCAACCCCAUCGAGGGCUUGUCGGCCAAGUGGGACUACGAGAAGGGCCAGUGGAAGUAAAGAGGCGGCUGGUCUGCCCUCAGGUUAUUGACGUCGAAGCCGCCGCUGAAGUCAGUCUCAAUUUGAAUGUUGCAUUGUAACGGAUCAAACUCAUUCACCAUCAAUAUCCCGAUUGGGGGGUGGGGCUCUGUGCCACCUCUGGGGCCUUCUGUCACGGUCCGUCCUGUUGAGAACUUAUAAUGAUAAGAAAGUGUUUUGCUUGUGCUUCUGUCCAACUUUUUUUGUUGUCCGGAGUAAACUCGGCUCAACUGCUAAUCUGCCUGCUUCAAAUGCAAAGUGCUCUCUCACAGAGUUGAGAAAAGAUAUUAAAGGGAUUUAUGAAAUACUUUUGCUGUUGUUAAAUUUGGCCUCCAUU